CGGCCCGCCAUUAAAUGUAGAAGAAGAAACGAAGCCAGCCAGUGAAAAACAAACCAAAGUUGGGUAAAAAUGGAGUAAUCGGUCUGCUCUUUUGUCGAGUUUGUACCUCAAUUUCCUUUACCGAUAUUUUCAUCACCGACAUAACAGAGAGAUAGUUAAUAUCGUCGUAGUGCUGACGAAGAACUGUGGACUUCGGAACCCUCUUUUUUUUUUUUUUUUAUUAGCUUAGCUCGUCGGCGUCGAGGUUAGCAACAGUAAGCUAAGCAGAAGCUAGGAUGUUUAAAGUCCAAAUGCUGCGAGCGCUGAUGGAACAGCGGCUCCACGCUGCCGUGGAAGAAGUAUUUGGCCUGUUCGAAAGGACCAUAGAGGAGUACGAGGAGGAGCUUUCUCGAACAAAGGUGGAGAACAAGCGACAUCGCGAGCUGCUGGACAAUGUCCUCAAACCGCGUGCUUGGUCACGCAAAGCAGAUGCCCAGCAGGUGUCAACAGGCAGCCAAGAAGAGGUUCCCCUUAAGCAGCAGGAAUGGAGCUGUAGUGCGGGGCAGGAGGAGCCAGAGCCCCCGCACAUCAAGGAGGAAGAGGAGGAAUCGUGGGAGCAGCUCGAAGGACCGGAUGAGUCUAACCUUACCAAGUUCCCAUUGACUGAUGUCCCUGUCCCUGUGAAGAGUGAGGACUAUAAAGACAAGGCUCAGUCCUCACAGUUUCAUCCCCGUCAAAGGGAGGAGAAGAGAGGGGUGGAGCCUCUAACUCAACACAUGACCACAGGAGAGGAUGGAGAGCACUGUGAAGGAUCAGAGGGAGACAUUUUUGCUCCACUGUCAGACAUGGACGACAUGAUGUCCUCUGGGAGCGAUCACAGUGACGCUGCCCAAGAACCUUUGGAGACACAUAAGGACGCGGAAAGAGACAUGAGACAUUACACUGACAACAAACACUUUGACUGCACUCAAUGCGGGAAAUCAUUUAACCAGAAGUGUAAUUUGACGUUACAUAUGAGGACACACACCGGGGAGAGACCGUUUGCUUGCAAUUUUUGCGGUAAAAGAUUCUCCCUAAAGCAUCAUGUGAAAAGACACAUGAGAAUACAUACAGACGACCAGCAGGGGUCAGUGAAGAGGCGAGAAAGGCAGAAGGAGUGGCUCUCCAGUGUGGGGCAGGAUCAGCCAGAGGCCCCAUGCAUUACAGAGGAAGAGGAUAUGCAACACCUGGCAACAGAAUCUGACAGAGCAUAUUUUGGAGAAAACAUCCAAUCAGAGCCAGAUAGCGUCUACGCUCCGCUGUCCGAUAUGGACGACGCGUCAGAAAGGAUGGAGGCGGUUGACAUUACCGAUUUCCUAUUGACUUAUGUCCCUGGGAAAAGUGAGGAUGUGCAAGACGGAGCUCAGUCCUCACAACUGCGUUAUUGUGGAAGUCAGGAAAACAGGAAGGCGGAGCCUCCGACCCAACACAUGAUGGCAGAAGACAAGGGAGAGCACUGUGGAGGAUCAUCAGACAUCUUGGACCACAUGGCCGACUUUUCUGACCCCAAUCCCAAUGAUGACCUUAACCAACUCUUGGAGAGUAAUACGGAUUCUGAUAUGAGACGUUACGACGAGGACAAACACUUCACCUGCUCUGAAUGUGGCAAAUCGUACGUCAACAGGGCAGGACUGAAAAGACACAUGACGAUACACACGGGAGACAAACCUUUUGCUUGCUCGGUUUGUGGUAGACGUUUCCACAUGAAGGAAUACUUGACCAGACACAUUAGGACGCAUGCAGAAGAGAAACACCUCCCCUGUCCGGUCUGUGCUAAAGGAUUCAAGUCCAAGAAUGACAUGGUAGAGCAUAUAAGAACGCACACGCUUCAGAAAGAUUUGCCCUGUUCGGAUCGAACGGGGCGGGAACACAGCCCAGAAAAACCUCUAACCUCCGUGCCGACAGAAGAUGAUGGAAAGCACCGCGGAGGAUCACCAACGGACAUCAACGUUGCCCUACAGUCGGAUACGAAGGGAACGACGUCACAUUCUUCCGAGACCAAUCACAGUGACGAAAUCCAAGAAGUUUCGGAGAGUAAUAAGACUAAAGGGGAUAAGGUGCGUUUCAGGAAGCGCAAAUACAUUCCAUGCUCCGAAUGUGGGAAGGCCUUUGUCAGCAGUAAUUUGAUACUACACAUGCGGACGCACACCGGAGAGAAACCUUUCCCCUGCUCGGUUUGCGGGAAAAGAUUCUCCUUGAAGCAUCACAUGACGAGACACAUGCGCAUUCAUUCGGGGGAGAAACCUUUUUCUUGCUGGUUUUGCAGCAAAACUUUCCGAUUGAAGUACCAAGUGAGCAACCACAUGCGCAUACAUUUGGCCGUCAGAUAGAUUUUUGAAGAAACGCUCCCGGAGAAACGGUCCUGUGGCAGUUUGUGUAAUACAAGCGUCACCCUUCAAGAACGACUAAACAAGUGUGAAUGAGUACGCUUCAUUCUAGGGUUACUUUCAAAGUUGUGAAUCAAGUUUGGUGAUUUAUUUUGUGUUGUGCUUCCACAAUAAUGUUCGAGCUUUCUGUGUGCUCACCGGCUGUGUAUAGAGAGGCUAGUUGGAUGUCCCAAAAAACAUAAUACAGUUAGAAUAUAAAACAUUGUUUUAUUUUGUAUGAGGAGGAAGAAUACCACUGUUAAAAAAAAUAUUCCUUGUGCAAUUGAAUUGUGAAUUGGGGAUGUAGGGUGGUCAACAUGAUGAAUUUUGGCCCAUUCAACACCAUCCUAAAGUUUAAAUGACUCAAAAAGUAUAUACAAAACAACAAGCUUUGAUAUUACUUUACAAAUAUUAUUUUUGAAAAAGUUAGUGGCGUUGAAUUUUCUUUAAAAUGCAAUUAUGGUGGUGCUAAACUUCCACUUACUUUAUCUCAAUUCCACUAACAAACUUUACGUUCCUGAUUAUUUUGCUAAAAAAAACAACUUCUCACUCCAUGUGCUGUCAUCUGGAACAACACAUUUGUUCAACUCAAAACUUGGUCGGAAAUGAUGUUUUGCUAUUUUCACAGCUCCUUUGUUCAAACAGUAAUCUCUACAUUUAUACUCAUAUUUAGCAAAAACAUACAUUUCUAAUACCAGAAAAAUAUGUCCUCAUCAUUAAAAACUAGCAAUAAUAAACCUUUGUCAAGAGUGUGCUCAGACAAAGUCUAGACCAGUGGUUAUUAACCUUGUUGGAGGUACCGAACCCCACCAGUUUCAUAUGCGCAUUCUUUAGUGAAAAAUAAAAUGUUUAUUUUUUUCAAAUUCAAGAAAAUCCAUCCAUCCAUCCAUCAUUUUCCGCUUAUCCGAGGUCGGGUCGCGGGGGCAACAGCCUAAGCAGGGAAACCCGGACUUCCCUCUCCCCAGCCACUUCGUCUAGCUCUUCCCGGGGGAUCCCGAGGCGUUCCCAGGCCAGCCGGGAGACAUAGUCUUCCCAACGUGUCCUGGGUCUUCCCCGUGGCCUCCUACCGGUUGGACGUGCCCUAAACACCUCCCUAGGGAGGCGUUCGGGUGGCAUCCUGACCAGAUGCC